UUAUUAAAUGUAAUAAUGUUAGCUUGACUGGGUAGGUCCAGACAGAAGAAAAGCGUAUUGUGUGUGUCGGACGACUGUCUCUGCGGGAGUCUUCCGGAGAACACUUCUUCGACGUGUUUUUUUUUUAUUCGCUGUGAUUAUUUCCAGCCGAAUAUAGCAGCACAAAAUGUAAUUAGCCUUCAUUAGCAAAGAAACUGGGCUGUUAGCAACCGUGGAGCUAAAGCGGCUAACAGUAGAGACUUAACCAGUGCUUCUGAGCUUUUAAAGUUAUUGGGUUAGGUCCACAAGACGAGUCCACAGGCUUAGUUAGUGAGACUGUGCGGGGAGGACCACGCCGUCUGUGGACACCUCAUCUGAUACUUGUUCAGCUGAGGACCGAGAGACUGGAGGCAGUUAAAGUGGAACCAGAAGUUCUGACCAAGAUUUCAGACUCUCCGAUCUGCAGCAUCACUUCAGCUCGGUUUCUUUGGUGUUAUUUCACUUUAUUUGGUCAGACGCGGAUUUGUGCCUGAUUCCAGUUUCAGGAAGCAGAAAAACAGAAGAUACGAUAAAUGGCGGAAACCGUGAUCUACUAGAACAUGUGAAGGUUGCAAACAAGGAUUGUGAAAAGGAGAAUCCCAAGUGGAGCCAGGAUGUCUGAAAUUAUGAAGUUUGAAGCAGAAGACCCUGGAGGGAUCAGUUUGGUUCCUAACGUACCUGGAGCAUCCACAUCAGAACUGGAGCAGAAACAAGACAGCAAAGAUCUCAUCCAGAUGGUGGUGAUAAAAGAAGAGUAUGUCCAUGACUGGAGCUCCAGUUCUGACCAGCAGGACCCAGAGCUCCUUGACAUAAAGGAGGAAGAGGAGGAACUGUGGAUCAGCCAGGAAGAAGAGCAGCUUGUUGUGAAGCUUGAAGAUGAAAAGAAAUCUCAGUUGUUUGAACUUCAUCAAGUCAAAACUCAAGACGACAGAGAAAGAGAAGCUCCAACCAGCAGCUCUGCUGAGCUGAUGGAGACAGAACCUGAUGGAGACGACUUUGGAGGACCGGACGCAGACUGGAACCCAGAUCCAUUUUGUUCUUUUCAACCAAGUGACAUAACAGUUAAGAAAGGAGGUAAAACAUCUAAACUGUGUUCUGGCCUUAUGGCGCAGGUUGAAGUCCAUGCAGGAGAGAAGCCAUUUGGUUGUGUUUUCUGUGGCAAAAGAUUCAAACAUAAAACAUCGGUUAAAUUACACAUGAUGACUCACACUGGAAUAAGAGAACAUAGCUGUGAUCUUUGUGGUAAAGGAUUUAAAGAAAAACGUUUUCUUCAGACGCAUAUGAGACUCCACACUGGGGAGAGACCGUUUGCCUGUAAUGUUUGUGAUCGCAGGUUUCAUGCAAAGAAAUUUCUUAAAACUCACCUGGUAGUCCAUUCAGAAGAAAAACCAUUUUCCUGUGAUGUCUGUGGUACCAGAUUUAAGAUAAAGGAAUGUCUUAAAAAGCACAUGAGGAUCCACACAACAGACAGACCAUUUGUUUGUGAUAUUUGUAAUAAACGGUUUUCACUACAAGAGACACUAAAGAGUCACAUGCGUGUUCACACAGGAGAGAAACCAUUUAUUUGUAGCGUUUGCAGCAAAGGCUUUUCACGAAAAGAAAGCCUAAAGGGUCACAUGCGUGUUCACACGGGAGAGAAACCGUUUAUUUGUAGCGUUUGUAAUAAAGGAUUUUCACGACAAGUCUAUCUGAGAAAGCACAUGAUGGUUCACACCGCACCAUUUAGUUGUAGUGAUUGCAGUAAACUUUUUGUAGAUGAAAUCCAGUUGAAGCGACAUGUGAGACUCCACACAGAGGAGAGACCGUUUGGUUGCGACGUCUGUAAAAGCAGGUUUAAUCAAAAGCGUCAUCUGGAGAAUCACAUGAAAGGUCAUUCAGGAGAGAAACCGUUUGUUUGUGGUGUUUGUAGCAAAGCGUUCUCACAACAAGUCUCUCUGAAUAGACACAUGCGUGUUCACACGAAAGAGAAACCGUUUGUGUGUAAUGUUUGCACUAAAGGAUUUUCACAACAAGGGAAUCUGAAGAGACACAUGAGUGUUCAUGUGGGCUGCGACUCAUGACUGUUUUUCUAUGGUUGAUUAAGCUGUGAAUAUUUCCCUAGUAAUUGCUGUGGGCACACCUUCUCUUAGUACAUAUUUAGUGUCUGUAAAUCAUUCUAUAAAUUUCCACAGUAAGUUAAAAUCGCUCAGGAAACAUGAACUCAAAAAAUAUAUUUUUUCUUCUGUAUUCAUAUUCUGUAUUUCCAGAUCCAGAAUACAUAGGAUUAAUUAAACCUGAAUUUAAUUUUGCUUCAUCGGUUACAUUUUAAAAGGCUCUGAUAGUGACUGCUCACUCUUCUGAAUUAUUCUUUUAAAUCGGGUGUGUUGGAGCGGGAAGACAUCUAAAACAUGCAGAGAAGAUUUUCCCAAACAUUCGAUCUGAAACUCGGGGAUUAUUUUCAUCUAUUUUGUGGUGAAUUGGUACUUUAUAAACGAACUGAACUGAAUUAAAUUGAAUAAAACUCUCCAGCUACCUUUAA